CGGUCUCCCCGCCAUGAUGGACAUGAACAUGACGCGGCCGGACAACGCCACGCUGCUGAUGCUGCAGGACCCCACCAUCGCCGUGGUCCUGCCCGUGGUCUACUCGCUCGUGGCGCUGGUCAGCAUCCCGGGGAACCUGUUCUCGCUCUGGGUGCUGUGCCGACACAUCGGGCCCCAGUCGCCCUCCAUCAUCUUCAUGAUCAACCUGAGCGUGACGGACCUGAUGCUGGCGAGCGUGCUGCCCUUCCAGAUCUAUUACCACUGCAACGGCCACCACUGGGUGUUCGGUGAGCUGCUCUGCAAUGUGGUCACCGUGGCCUUCUACGCCAACAUGUACUCCUCCAUCCUCACCAUGACCUGCAUCAGCAUGGACCGCUUCCUGGGCGUUGUCUACCCACUGGCGUCCGCGCGCUGGCGGCGGCGACGCUACGCCGUGGCCGCCUGCGUGGCCAUGUGGCUGCUGCUGCUGGCGGCCCUGUCCCCGCUGGCUCGCACGGACCUCACGUACGAGGUGGAGGCCCUGGGCAUCGUCACCUGCUUUGACGUGCUCAAGUCGACCAUGCUGCCCAGCGUGGCCCUGUGGGCCGUCUUCCUCUUCACGCUCUUCAUCGUCCUCUUCCUCAUCCCCUUCGUGGUCACCGUGGCCUGCUACACGGCCACCAUCCUCAAGCUUCUGCGCACGCCCGACCCCCACGGCCGGGGCCAGCGGCGGCGGGCGGUCUGCCUGGCGGCCGUGGUCCUCCUGGCGUUCGUCACCUGCUUUGCGCCCAACAACUUCGUGCUGCUGGUCCACAUGGUGAGCAGGCUCUUCUUCGGCCAGAGUUACUACCACGUCUACAAGCUCACACUGUGCCUGAGCUGCCUCAACAACUGUCUGGACCCCUUCGUCUACUACUUCGCAUCCCGCGAGUUCCAGCUCCGCCUCCGGGACUACCUGGGCUACGGCCGGCUGCCGGCCGACAGCCUGGACGCCCGCCGGGAGAGCCUCUUCUCGGCCCGGACGCUGUCGGCCCGCUCCAUGGCCAGCGGCCACGCAGACGGGCUCGAGGGGGCCGGCCAGCCCUGCCUCAAGAGACAGGAGAGCCUGCUCUGA